AAAUUGCACAGUUAGGCACUCACAGAGCACCACCAAUCAAGGUAGAUUCACUUGUCUUACCAACGAUUUCCCCAGCUCAUCAUGAACUCUGUACUUCAAUUCGCCUGUGUCUGCUUGUUUGUGCAAGUAGCACUUGCUGUCAAGGGACCGGUUCCCGAAGAUGUAUGUGACGCCAUUUGCCCGAUUGACAACCCCAUUGUCGCCAACGUGCAUUUGCCAUAUACUGAUGAUUGCACUAAGUUCUGUCACUGUGCCAAUGAUGGUAACUGGAUGAAAAAUUGUCCCGCUGAACUUCACUUCAACCCCACUCUGAUGGUGUGUGACUGGCCUUACCGUGCUGGUUGUCCGUUUGCAAGCACCAGUUCCGUUGCCCCAACUGCCACCCCAAGUGUAGCACCAACUACACCUACCUCUGCACCCUCUACUCCUACACCCACUGCUACUCCAACUGCUGCUCCAACUGCUUCACCUGCUAAUGUUUGCAAAUCGGUCUGUCCUCCUACCUACCCCAUAGAUGCGAACCUUCAUCUGGCCCACCCUGUAGACCCCCACAAGUUCUGCCACUGUGCCAACGAUGGCCAAUGGGAGAAAGAUUGCGCUGGAGGACUUGUAUUCAACCCAAUUCUUGCAGUUUGCGAUUGGCCUUACAACGUUUAAUUGUAUGAACCCACUGACAAAGAUGCUAUAUAAAUAAAUGCACUGAAAGACAUAAA